UGUGGGACUGAAAAGAAGUAGCAAUGUCUUCCCGUGCGAAAUCGAAAGAAAAGAAUGUGAAAGAUGAAGAAAAAGACUUUGAGAAUGAAGAAGCGAUGGAGAUUGACAAGGAGUUGCUGUCUGCUCCAAUAAAAGCUGUUAAGGAUAAAUGGAAGCUUCUGCCAGCCUUCCUCAAGGUGCGCGGAUUGGUCCGUCAGCACAUCGACUCCUUCAACUACUUCAUCAAUGUCGAGAUCAAGAAGAUCAUGAUAGCAAAUGAGAAGAUUACUAGUGAUGCUGAUCAAACGUUCUACAUGAAAUAUCUGAAUAUUUACGUUGGGAGCCCUGAUGUCGAGGAGAGCUUCAACAUCACCAAGCCGACCUCGCCCCAUGAGUGUCGUCUGCGUGACAUGACCUACUCCGCCCCCAUCACCGUCGACAUCGAAUACACUAGAGGGCAGCAGAGGGUCAUUAGAAAUAACUUGCCGAUAGGAAGGAUGCCCAUCAUGCUGCGGAGUUCCAACUGCGUGCUGACCGGCAAGUCUCCGGCCGAACUGGCCAAGCUGAACGAAUGCCCCCUUGACCCCGGAGGCUACUUCAUCGUCAGGGGAACGGAGAAGGUCAUCCUCAUUCAGGAACAGCUCUCCAAGAACAGGAUGAUAGUAGAGGUGGAUCGGAAGGGUAUCGUGUCCUGCAAUGUAACCAGUUCCACCCAUGAGAGGAAGAGUAGAACGGUUGUGAUCGUGAAGAAGGGCAAGCAUUACUUGAAGCACAACACCUUCACUGAGGACAUUCCCAUUGUGGUGAUCUUCAAGGCCAUGGGGAUGGAGAGUGACCAGGAGAUCGUCCAGACCAUCGGGACGGAGGAAUCUACGAUGGUCAGCUUUGCUUCGAACCUGGAGGAAUGCCAUAAAAUACAGGUCUACACACAGCUACAGGCUCUGAAGUACAUGGGAAUGAAAGUGCGUCAGAGGAGGAUGUGGGGAGGAGGCUCUAAGAAGUCCAAGGUUGAUGAAGCAAGAGAACUACUAGCUACUACCAUCCUCGCCCAUAUACCUGUCGUCCAGUUCAAUUUCCGAGCCAAGAGCAUCUAUUUGGCGCUGAUGGUGAGGAGGGUGAUAGAAGCACAAGGAGAUGCGGUCAAGGUGGAUGAUAGGGAUUACUAUGGCAACAAGAGAUUGGAGCUGGCAGGCCAGCUUAUUGCUCUUCUCUUUGAGGAUCUUUUCAAGAAGUUCAACUCUGAACUCAAGAAGUACGCUGAUCAGAACAUUCCCAGACCCAGGGCCGCUCAGUUUGAUAUCGUCAAAUACAUGAGACAAGACCAGAUCACAAAUGGACUCAUCACAGCGAUAUCCACGGGUAACUGGUCAGUGAAGCGUUUCAAGAUGGAGAGAGCCGGAGUGACGCAGGUUCUAUCCAGACUCUCCUACAUCUCAUGUCUAGGGAUGAUGACAAGGAUAUCCAGUCAGUUUGAGAAGACCAGAAAAGUGAGUGGUCCCCGUUCCCUUCAACCGUCCCAGUGGGGUAUGUUGUGCCCAUCUGAUACUCCUGAAGGAGAGGGAUGUGGAUUGAUCAAGAACCUUGCGCUCAUGACCCACAUCACAACGGACAUGGAGGAGGCCCCCAUUGUCAAGUUAGCGUUCAACUUGGGGGUGGAGCCUGUGCAUCUCAUGUCGGGGGAGGAGCUUAGCAUGAAAGAUGUCUACGUCGUCUUCCUCAAUGGUAACAUCUUGGGUGUGGUCAGAGAGCACAAGAGGUUGAUGCGUACCUUCCGUCUGGUGAGAAGGGCGGGGUACAUCAGUGAGUUUGUCUCCAUCUGUCCAAACCACGCCCAGAGAUGUGUCACCAUUGCAUCAGAUGGAGGGAGGGUGUGCAGACCUUACAUCAUUGUUGAGAAUCUCAAACCGAGGGUGCUGGACAAGCACAUGACAGAGCUCUCGCAAGGCUUCAGAUGCUUCGAGGACUUCUUGAGGGAGGGGCUGGUUGAGUACCUUGACGUCAACGAGGAAAAUGACAGCUUGGUGGCUCUCUACGAAACACACAUCUCAAAAGAGACAACUCACCUCGAGAUAGAACCGUUCACCAUUCUUGGUGUGUGUGCUGGACUGAUUCCCUACCCCCAUCACAACCAGUCGCCCAGGAAUACCUACCAGUGUGCCAUGGGCAAGCAAGCUAUGGGUACCAUAGCUUACAACCAGCGGAAUCGCAUAGACACACUAAUGUACUUGCUGGCCUACCCCAUGGCACCGCUUGUCAAAUCCAAGACAAUAGAUUUGAUUGGGUUUGAUAAGCUUCCAGCAGGUCAGAACGCCGUCGUAGCUGUCAUGAGUUACAGUGGGUAUGACAUAGAGGACGCACUCAUUCUCAACAAGGCUUCUGUCGACAGAGGUUUUGGUAGAUGUCUGGUGUACCGUAACACCAAGUGUACAUUGAAGCGCUAUGCUAAUCAGUCUUUCGAUCGUCUGAUGGGACCCAAGCUUGAUCCGUUGUCACGGCAACCCAUUUGGAGGCACCGCAUCCUGGAUGCAGAUGGAGUUUGUGCUCCAGGAGAGAGAGUGAUCAACAAACAGGUCUUGCUCAAUAAGUCUAUGCCAGUGGUCAACAUGAAUCCUCUUCAAGCCAGCCCAACCAACCAGCCUCAGCAACAUGACUACAGAGAGGUCCCAAUCACGUACAAGGGAACUGCCGACUCCUACAUUGAGAAGGUCUUGGUCACAUCUAACCCGGAAGAAGCAUUUCUCUUCAAGGUUCUCCUGAGGCAGACGAGGAGACCGGAGAUUGGAGACAAGUUCAGCAGCAGGCAUGGACAGAAGGGAGUGUGUGGUCUUAUCGUUCAACAAGAAGACAUGCCAUUUGAUGAGAGGGGGAUCUGUCCAGAUAUCAUCAUGAACCCUCAUGGUUUCCCCUCCCGUAUGACAGUGGGCAAGCUCAUUGAGUUCCUGGCAGGCAAGGCGGGUGUACUGGAAGGAAAGUUUCAUUACGGCACAGCUUUUGGAGGAGACAAGGUUGUCGACAUCUGCGAGGAUCUGAGGAAGCAUGGUUUUAACUAUCUUGGCAAGGACUUCCUAACAUCUGGUAUUACAGGAGAGCCUCUGACAGCGUACAUCUACUUCGGACCUGUCUACUACCAGAAGUUGAAGCACAUGGUCUUGGACAAGAUGCACGCCAGAGCCAAAGGACCAAGAGCUGUACUGACCAGACAACCUACAGAAGGAAGAGCUAGGGAUGGAGGCUUGCGAUUGGGUGAGAUGGAACGUGACUGUCUGAUUGGCUACGGAGCCAGCAUGCUGCUCCUGGAGCGUCUUAUGAUCUCCAGCGACCAGUUCCAGGUGGAUGUGUGCGGAGACUGCGGGCUUAUCGGUCAUUCGGGAUGGUGCCCGUAUUGCCAUUGCUCUCAGAACAUCUCCUCGUUGAGGAUACCAUAUGCAUGCAAGCUGCUCUUCCAAGAACUCCAGUCUAUGAACAUCAUACCAAGAUUACGGCUCAAGAAAUACACAGAGUGAGAUCAGCAAAAGAGAUACUAAAGAUAAAAGACUUUGUAAAUCUUGAGUAGUACACGAGCAUUGGUGGAGACUAUUAAAGGGGCUGUAGCAUGACAAGACUACAUGUCUUUCCUGUGGCCCAACUUGGGGACAAUCGGUUAUAAUACAAAUAUGGACGACGCGACCGCAGUAUUGUGCGUGCAACAUACGCGAAACCGAAGCGUGAGGAGAACUUGGUCUGUUUUAAUUUUAAUCAAUUCCAUUCGGUUACGUGCAGUUGUCCAAAAGAAGUUGUAGAUGGCGUUAACCAGUUUUUGCCAUGCUGCACCCCCUUUAAUUAGUCUAGGACUAACAACAUAAUAAGAUGAAGGAAGACAGUACACAUUAGCAAACUGCUCUGUCAGGAACUCCAGUCGAUGAACAUCAUACCAAAAUUACGGCUCAAGAAAUACACAGAGUGAGAGCAAAAGACAGAUACAUUGUAUGUCUUGAACUUCAGUCUCUGCACAUUGUACCAAAAUUAAAGUUGAAGAAGCACACAAGAUGAGAUGCGGAGAGAUAGGUGCGGGAGGACAUUGUAGAGGUGUUGUGGAUGAGUGGAUAAGUCACCGGACUGUGGAUCACAAGGUCCAUGGUUCAAGUCCCGCCGCAGCACUAAUGUCCUUUGGCA